UCUUCUACAACGGGUAGCAGAAUUGGAAAAGGUCAAUGCAGAAUUUCUGCGCACAAAGCAGCAACUUGAGCAAGAAUUUAAUCAAAAGAGAGCAAAAUUUAAGGAGUUAUACUUGGCUAAGGAAGAGGACCUCAAACGACAAAAUGCAGUGCUGCAAGCAGCCCAAGAUGACCUGGGCCAGCUGCGGACCCAGCUGAUGGAAGCUCAUGCUGAAAUGGAGAACAUCAAAGCUAUAGCCACAGUGUCUGAGAACACCAAGCAGGAAGCUAUCGAUGAGGUGAAGAGACAGUGGCAAGAAGAAGUAGCUUCACUACAAGCUAUUAUGAAAGAGACUGUUCGUGACUAUGAGCUCCAGUAUCAUCACCGGCUGGAGCAGGAGCGAGCUCAAUGGAACCAGUACCGAGAGAACGUGGAGAGGGAAAUAGCAGAGCUAAGAAGGAGACUGUCUGAAGGUCAGGAGGAAGAAAACUUAGAAAAUGAAAUGAAAAAGGCCCAGGAAGAUGCUGAGAAGCUGCGUUCAGUUGUGAUGCCUAUGGAGAAAGAGAUCGCGGCGCUGAAGGAGAAGCUGACAGGAGCUGAAGAGAAAAUAAAAGAGUUAGAAGCAUCAAAGGUUAAAGAACUGAACCAUUAUCUGGAAGCUGAUACAGACUUAGAGAUGUAUGUGGCUGUUCUCAACACACAAAAAUCAGUCCUGCAGGAAGAUGCAGAGAAGUUGAGGAAAGAACUGCAUGAAGUCUGCCACCUCUUGGAGCAAGAGCGACAACAGCACAACCAGCUGAAACACACGUGGCAAAAAGCCAACGACCAGUUCUUGGAGUCUCAACGUUUGCUGAUGAGGGACAUGCAGCGUAUGGAAAUUGUCCUGACCUCUGAGCAGCUUCGACAGGUUGAAGAACUGAAAAAAAAGGAUCAGGAAGAAGAUGAUCAGCAGAGGCUUAGCAAGAGAAAGGAGCAGAAGCAAAAAGAUUCAGAUGAUGAAACAAAAGCUUCCUGUUCUCUAGCCCCUGAGGAAACCCUUACCCAGCUCUCCAGUGAAGAGGUAAAACAA